AUGAAGAGACAUCAGUGGCAACAUUGUGGACAACUAUCGAAGAGACAUUAAAACGGCUAAAAGUGUGUAAUGGCAUCAGCGAUGAUCUCGGUUCCUACCACUGCAUCCCGCUUCGCUCUGCUCCAGGUCGACUCGGAUUCCGACUCCAACUCCGAGUCCGGGAAGCCAAAGGGCGGUCGCGUGGCAGGAAAGUCGCGCUCGGGAAAGUCGCCCAGCGGAAAGAACAGCCAGAACGCCGAUAAGAAGAAGGAGAAGAAGAAAAAAAAGAAAGAACAGCAGCAAAGUGAAGCCAAUGAGCUUCGGAACCUUGCCUUUAAGAAACUCCCCCAGAAGUCCUCGGCCCCGCCCCCUGCUCUGACGCUGCAGGGUUUAGCCAAUGACCUGCUUCAGCCUUCGUCUGGAGAGCAGGCUGCUCCGCAGGAGGUCUGGCAGGAGUGGAAACAGAGAGACGAACAGCUGACGAGUGACUUGUAUGAAGCAGACCUGGAGAAAGCCCUAAUGCUGAGCAAACUGGAGUUUGAACAGAAACAGAGCACAGACAGGACGGAGACGCCUUCUCCAAAAUCCCGCGGAGGGAAAAAAGAGAAGAAGAAGGGUCAGCAGGGCAAAGACAAACGCGUGACCGUCUCUCUCAAGGACUUUCAGACCGACGAUCAGCUGAGCAAGAGACCAGAGAAAGAGCCCAAAGCGGCAGGUCCCGUUGUCCACGACGACAAGUUCUUUGCCAGGCUUGAGGAUGACGUGAGCAGAACGGUUCAGCGUGAUAAACGGAGAGAACAGUACAUUAACAGCCACGGCCUGGAGGUCAACACUUCUUCAGAACACGAACAGGAUGUACGAACAGAACAGCUCAAAUAUGAACUGGAAAAGAAAGACCAGGAGAUCCACAAGUUGAAAAAAACCAUUUCACAGUGGGAGGAGAGGUACAAAGAAGUGAAGGCUAGAAAUGCCCAGCUGUUAAAAAUGCUCCAGCAGGGAGAGAUGAAGGAUAAAGCUGAAAUCCUGUUACAGGUGGACGAGCUACUGAACAUCAAAGAAGAACUGUCAGCACAGGUGACUUUACUGCAUGCUGCCUUAGAACAAGAACGGUCAAAAGUGAAAGGCCUGCAAUCAGAGCAGCCUAAACAUCAGGGAAACAAAAAAGGGAAAAAGGCCACAGAGGGAGAGUCUUGAAGAUGAUGACGUUGAAGAUUACAAACUGCAAAAUAAAAACAACAACAACAACAAAAAAAAAACAAAGCAAAACAAACAAACAAAAAAAAACUCCUCUGUCCCUCAGGAUACAGUCACAGGCAUAUUCUCGUCAGUCUUCACACACUAAGACGGUUUCUCCUUUUAAGAGAUGAUCAACAUAAACCAUCCACUCUUUCCACUUUUGGCCCAAUACACUCCUUUCCAUGACUCGUUGCUAUGUUCUUUCGUUUGAUGGAGAUCUCACAAGGCUAAUUUAAUUUGGGACUGAAAUAAACGUUUGUGUUCUUUGGAUUGAGAGCCCUGCCACCUAGUGGUGAGAAAACGCUACUGCAGAGGUUAUGUGGGCUGAA